CUGGAAUGGAGGGCCGGGUUUGUAGGCAAACAUUGGCUUCAGAGUUUUCUCCAUUUCUGUGACCUCUAUGACAACCUGACCGGAGCAGGUGAUGCCAAGCCCACCCACCUCCAGGUGCCAGUAGCUGUUGCUGGCCGCUCUCUCCAGGGGACCUGCCCUGUUGUGCACGUGUGACCCUGAAAACAGCCACUGCUGCCAAUGUUUGAGACAUUCAGCGCCAAAGGAGACCAUUGGUUGAAAUGCUGCUUGCUCUGCCUGGCACUUGAGCAGGUUUCAGGACCCACCCUCUCUCCCUGGGUGAAUGGACAGCGGUGCAUUUCCCUGUGGCAUCUUUUGAGUUGAAGCAGCAACGGAUGCAGUUCUAGAUUACCAUGGAUCCGCUGGCUAUUACAGAAGAAGCUGGGAGCGUGCCAGACUCCCAAAUGACACUGAAGAAGUACUUUGUGAGAGCGCUCCACCGCCUCCAGAAGGGCCCUGGCUACACCUAUCGGGAGCUGAUGGUCUGGUACUGCGACAACACCAACACCCACGGGCCGAAGCGCAUCAUCCGAGAGGGUCCCAAGAAGAAGGUCAUUUGGUUCUUCCUGACCUUGCUCUUUGCCUCCCUCGUGUUUUGGCAGUGGGGGAUCCUCAUCAACAGUUACCUGUCCUACGACGUCACGGCCUCCCUGGCCAUUGGCUUCAAGACCAUGACGUUCCCUGCCGUCACCAUCUGCAAUGCAAGCCCCUUCCGCUACUCGAAGGUGAAGCCCUUCUUGAAGGACUUGGAUGAGCUCAUUGGGGCAGCCCUCCAGCAGAUCCUGCAGAAUGGGACGGGGUCUCCCCCAGCUGGCCCCAGUGAGGAGCUCAAUCUGCGGCUGUGGAACCAGAUCCCCUUGGUGGUGAUUGACGAGAGCGACGAGGCGCACCCGGUCAUCCUGGACCUCCUCGGGAACAGCUCCGUCGGCUCGGGGGGGCAACACAACUACUCCUCUUUCGCCACCCCAGAAGGAAGGAGAUGCAAGCUGGCCCUGAAGCUGUGCACCGACAACGGCUCCCGCUGCACCUACCGGAACUUCACCAGCGCGGCCCAGGCAGUGACCGAGUGGUACGUCCUGCAGUCCACCAGCAUCUUGUCCCAGCUGCCGGUGAGCAAAAGGAUCGAGAUGGGCUACCGGGCAGAGGACAUGAUCCUGGCCUGCCUGUACGGGGCGGAGCCGUGCAAUUACAGAAACUUCACCCACCUCUACCACCCGGACCACGGCAACUGCUACAUCUUCAACUGGGGAAUGGACAAGAAACCGCUCAUCUCCUCCAAUCCCGGGGCAGAGUUUGGAUUGAAGCUCAUCCUGGACAUCAGCCAAAACGACUACAUCCCGUACCUCACCUCAACUGCUGGGGCCCGGCUCAUGCUGCAUGAGCAGAAGAGUUUCCCGUUCUUGAAGGACCAAGGCAUCUACGCCAUGUCUGGGACCGAGACCUCCAUUGGGGUCUUGGUGGAUGAACUUCAGCGGAUGGGCAGUCCCUACAGCGACUGCACAGCAAAUGGGUCAGACAUUCCUGUCAAGAACCUGUAUGAAGACUAUCCUGCUUCUCAGGGUGACAUCAGUCCAGUGGAGCCCUGUACCAACUGCACAGCUGACGGAGGCAGAAUUGGCCCCACAGGAAGCCGGUACAAGACAAUGUAUUCUAUCCAGGCCUGCCUGCGCUCUUGCUUCCAGGAUCAGAUGGUCAAGUCCUGCCAGUGCGGCCACUACUCCUAUCCUCUGCCCCAAGGGAAACAUUAUUGCAACAAUGAAGAUUACCCGAACUGGGCGUAUUGCUAUUCCACCCUGCAAGUGAAUCUUGAACAGCGGCAGAAUUGCAUCAAGUCUUGCAAAGAGACCUGCAACAACACCCAGUACAAGAUGACCAUUUCCAUGGCUGACUGGCCUUCCGAAGCGUCCGAGGACUGGAUUUUCCAUAUUUUAUCCUAUGAAAGGGAUUUGUCUACCAAUGUGACUCUGGAUAGAAAUGGGAUAAUCAAACUGAAUAUCUAUUUCCAAGAGUACAACUACCGAACUAUCUCUGAGUCAGCAGCUACAACUAUCGUCUCGCUUCUCUCAAGUUUGGGUGGCCAGUUUGGCUUCUGGAUGGGAGGUUCUGUGUUGUGCCUCAUUGAGUUUGGCGAGAUCGUCAUUGACUUCCUGUGGAUCACCAUUCUGAAGCUCAUUGCUUGGGUCAAGGGGCUGAAGCAGAGGAAGACCCAGACCUCCAGCCCAGAUGCACCUCCGUCUGUCUCUGAGAAAAUGGAGGCCCACACAAACCUGGGCUUCCAAGGGGAAGAUGCUGACGGUGAUCCUGCGGGUGAAGGCUCGGUCGUUAUCGAAGCGGCGUCCGAACCAGGCACGCCACCUCCCAAGUACGACUCACUGCGGGUGCCACCUCUACACCUCAUGGAUCUGGACAGCGACGGAGAGGCUUCUGUAGCUGACCUGAACACAGCGUAAUGCAACACCUGGCUUCACUGUGCCUGCAGCAGCCCAGCUCUUUCUGCCAGGCUGCCCGUCCCAUCCCAGUUGGCGCCUUUCAGGAGUGCCAGCACCGUGUGGAAAAGUCAGAUAGUUGCUGCUGAAACAAAGCACUUUCUUUACUCAUCUAACUUGAUUGGACCAACAUUGGGUGGUGUAGGCAUGCAGAGCUUUCGCCUGCACUCUUCGCUGGG